ACACAUUGGCCGCCUUACAAGAAGAAUCUGCUAAUGAAUUUAUGCCGAUUAAUAAUAUAGACACCCAAUCAAAAUCUCUUGUUAUAAGGUCUCAUACGUAUACUCACGAACCAAAAAGUUCUUAUAUUGAUCGUAUUAGUCUUACACAAAAAUCGAAACCUGAGGAUA